AUGUACUCCACCGCUCCGGCUCCUCAGAUCGGAGAGCACUCACGGCCUCCGCUGGUAUGUACAGGGACUGUUUUCGAGGUGCCAAGAUGUAAAUGAUUAUCCUGAUUUCACUCCUACUCAGCAGCUGCAGAGGCGCAUGUCAUUUGGUUUGUACAGACGCUACACUGCUCAUUUUGAUGCUUUCUGUUUCUCUAUAUGAAGAUUGAGGUUAAUAUUUCCUCAAAUGUAAUGAGCAAAACACCAAAUAGAAGAAAUGCAACAUGACAAAAGCCUCAUUUGUUCCGAGGAUGAGCUCUGUUUGAGUACAAAGCCUUUUAAACCCUCCAUCCUCUGCGUGUCUCUGCAGGCUGGCUUCGGCUACGGGCUGCCCAUCUCCCGACUCUACGCCAAGUACUUCCAGGGGGACCUGCAGCUCUACUCCAUGGAGGGCCACGGCACAGACGCCGUCAUCUAUUUGAAGGUGAGUCAGACGGAGUGAUCGGAGUCAAAUGCAACGAGAGCUAACACUUAAUUGUACCUGGAAGGGCUGAGGUUUGAAACAAAAAUUUAGGUGUGAGGAUUCUUAUGAUUGCUUCUUGUCCUUAAAGGCGCUGUCCACAGACUCCAUCGAGAGGCUGCCGGUGUACAACAAAGCCGCUCUGAAGAACUACAAAGUGAGCCAGGAGGCCGACGACUGGUGCAUACCCAGCAAAGAGCCUCUGGAUCUGAGCAACUACAAGGUGGCCAAGUGA